GGUCAGAAAAACAACAACAGAGAGCUCAAAAGCGGCGGGCGGAGUUUAGCAGCCUGGCUAACACGUCUCAUUUUAACGCUUCCCUGCGUUUUUAAUUCAGAAUAGGGAUAUCUUAUUGUCAUUGUUUAACUAUUUAUUUAUACCAUAAAGUACGAGAAAAACCUUCUGAGAUUUGAAUAUGUUGCUAUUGCCGCGCAGUAUUUCAUAGACCAACCUCACUCUGACGUGUGGGAAAUCGAAACUAACUGCUGCUGCCCUCUGGAGCGAUGAAUUACUCGAGACCUGGGAGACAAGUACAGGUGUCUGUUUAAAUUGACAGCAUAAUCACAGUCAGUACCAAACCCUUGAACAGAAAUUGAAUCUGAAAGCUCCAAGAAGUGAACACAAACCUAUCUUCCCUAUUAAAAUGAAUGAACCACCUUGUUCACCAGGUCACACCUGCUCAGGAGAGCCCCGUGUGGGCUGUAAUGACACUGCUCCAUGUCUCGUGGACAAUAAAGUUGAGAGGAAAACUGGGAAAAAGAAUAAAAAGCAUAAAAAGAGACAGAGUGCUGCAUGCCAAAUGAAAGCAGGUGGUGAGUGCGCUCGGGUCACUGUUGAAGAGCUGUCACCACCCUCACAACACCUGCCUGAGCGCCUCGAAAAAAGGUCUGCAGGAUCAAAGCAAGAAAAGAAUACUCGCAAAACAAGAAAUCAAUCUCUUUCACCUGUAACUUCUCCUGCAAGCUCCUCUCAUCGACAAAAAGCCCAAAGUGCACAGAAAACAUCAGCUCGGUCUACAUGUGACCAGUCAACUCAGACAGAUUCAUCCCAACUCCAAUCUGUCCAAACGCAGUCAACACAAACCACUCCGAUCCAGGAAGUACAAUCACCAUCAACAGAAUCCAAGUCCACCCAGACAAAACAGUCCAGUUUUUCCUUAAAACAGGCAUACUGGGAAAAUUCAUUAACAGAUCAGUCAGCUGAUCAGCAGAAAACCCAAUCCAGCACCAAAAGCAGCUAUCUGACAGUGAUAUCCUGGAAUAUAGAUGGUCUGGAUUCGGAUAAUGUCUUUAACCGGCUCAAAGGUCUGCUGUCACUCUUAGGAAAGCACCAUGCAGAUGUUGUACUGUUACAAGAGCUGAUUCCUCCGUCUUUGAAGAUUUUAGAGAACAUUAUGAAUGAUUAUCAGUUUCUGCAAGCCAGUGAUGAGGACUAUUUCACUGGCAUUUUGAUUAGAAAGGACAGAGUACAAUUCCUCCAGAGCAACAUUGUGAAGUACCCAACCACAGAGAUGGGCAGGAACCUUCUAAUAGCAAAUGUGAGCUUUUUAGGCCACCCACUGUGCAUAAUGACAUCUCAUCUGGAGAGCUGUAAGACAGGCUCUCAAGAACGUCUGAAUCAGCUGCGGAGAGUCUGGAAAUGGAUGAAAGAGGCUCCAGGGGACCACUCAGUCAUAUUUGGAGGAGAUACUAACCUUAGGGAUUGGGAGGUGAAGAAGCUUGGGGGGCUGCCGGAUGGUAUCUCUGAUGUGUGGGAGAUGCUGGGGAAACCAGAGGAAAGCAGAUACACCUGGGACACAUCCAUCAAUGAUAACAAUGAAAUCCCUAAUUCUAUACGCCUGCGAUUUGAUCGAAUUUUUAUCAGAACAGCCGCAGACGGUGCCAAGCUACGGCCAGAAAGCAUGACCCUGAUUGGUCUGGAGAAGCUGAAGUGUGACUAUUUCAUCAGUGAUCACUGGGGCAUUCUUUGUACUUUCUUAUUUGGGGCAUCAGAAGAGCAGCGUGUCACUGACUAAUGUUCUUUUUUAUGGUCUGCACAAAAUUACGUAUAUCUAAAUGGGUCAUAAGUUCAUGAUUUGUUUUAACAAAUCACUAUUGAUAAAUGAACUCUGAACUAGUGUUUAAAUGUUAUGAACCAACCAUAUAACUAUUGGGGAGACCAGGGCUAAUUGUCACACUUUUCACUCCAGUGAUUCAGUGAAUAUUUCUAUAUAAUCAAAUCCCUUACAUCUUGGCUACAAAAAGCCACCUCAAAAAAAUUCCACCAUUAUUACACAGGAAAAAAAAAAAUAGUUCAUUGAACAUACACUGAUAGUUUGACAACAAAACACAAUGGAACCUGCCAUUAAACAGCCUAUUAUUGGAUUAAGUAGACCAUUACAUUGUAUAACACUGAAAACACAUAUCACAACUCUAUCCUGACUUUUAUGAAAAGUAUUCCUUGUCCUGCAGUCUUUCAUUCUUCAUUAUGUUGCUUGAAUGCACUGCAUAUACAAAAUUACUGCUAAAGAAAACACAUUUGUGUAAUUGGAAUUUAGACUUUUGACUAGACCUUGACUUAGACUUGACACCAGUCUCCUCUAUAUGCAAAUGUUAAUAACUAAUGUAAAUAAUAACUAUCAAAACUA